AUGAUCACCCACAGUGAGAAUAAGAAUUUCCCCUGUGAGCACUGUGGGAGUGCCUUCCGCACUAAAGGCUCCCUGAUUCGUCACAACCGCCGUCACACAGGUACAGUGGACUGGGAGGGGGCGGGCUCAGAAUGAGAUGUUUGCGCUUGUGGCAUACGCAGCUUCAUUUCCUAUCUCCAUCACCAGUCUCUCUCCCCCUCUUCCCGCAGACGAGCGGCCGUACCGCUGUAACCUGUGUGGGCUCUCCUUCAGGGAGUCAGGGGCUCUGACCAGACAUCUCAAGUCCAUCACCCCCUGCACUGAGAAGAUCCGCUUCAACCAGUACAAGGAGAUCCUCGUCAGCAAGGACGGACAGCAGAAAGGUAGCAGUCUGUCAAAAGAUUGAGGGAGGGAUCAUGCAUGUAUGGAUGAAUGGAUAUGGAUGGAUGGUAGGAUACAUACACUAAAUGACCAAAAGUAUGUGGACACCUGCUUGUCUCAUUCCAAAAUCAUGGUCAUUAAUAUGGAGUUGGUCCCCCCCAUUUGCUACUAUAACAGCCUUCAAUCUUCUGGGAAGGCUUUCCACUAGAUGUUGGAACAUUGCUGCGGGGACUUGCUUCCAUUCAGCCACGAGCAUUAGUGAGGUCGGGAGUUCGAUGGAGUUGAGGUCAGGGUUCUGUCAAGUUCUUCCACAUUGAUCUCGAAAAACCAUUUCUGUAUAGACCUCGCUUUGUGCACGGGGGUAUUGUGAUGCUGAAAUAGGAACGGGCCUUCCCCAAACUGUUGCCACAAAGUUGGAAGCACAGAAUCGUCUAGAAUGUCGUUGUAUGCUGUAGUGUUAAGAUUUCCCUUCACUGGAACGAAGGGGCCAAGCCCAAACCAUGAAAAACAGCCCCAGACCAUUAUUCCUCCUCCACCAAACUUUACAGUUGUCACUAUGCAUUUCGGGCAGGUGGUGUUCUCCUGACAAUCCUCCAAACCCAGAUUCUUCCAUCGGACUGCCAGAUGGUGAAGUGCGAUUCAUCACUCCGGAGAACGCGUUUCCACUGCUCCAGAAUCCAAUGGUUGCAAUCUUUACACCACUCCAGCCGAGGCUUGGCAUUACGCAUGGUGAUCUUAGGCUUGUGUGCGGCUGCUCGACCAUGGAAACCCAUUUCAUGAAGCUCUCGACUAACAGUUCUUGUGCUGAUAUUGCUUCCAGAGGCAGUUUGGAACUCGGUAGUGAGUGUUGCAAACACUCGACAAUCCCGUUCUGUGUGGCCUACCACUUCGCGUCUGGGCCGUUGUUGCUCCUAGACUUUUCCACUUCACAAUAACAGCACUUACAGUUGACCGGGGCAGCUCUAGCAGGGCAGACAUUUGACGAACUGACUUGUUGGAAAGGUGGCAUCCUAUGACGUUGCCACGUUGAAAGUCACUGAGCUCUUCAGUGAGGCCAUUCGACUGCCAAUGUUUGUCUAUGGAGAUUGCUUGGCUGUGUGCUCGAUUUUAUACACCUGUCAACGGGUGUGGCUGAAAUAGCCGUAUCCACUAAUUUGAAGGGGUGUCCACAUACUUUUGUGUAUAUGUAAAGAGAUAAAUAUAUGGAUAGAUGGAAAGAGAAAUAUAUGGAUAGAAAGAGAAAUAUUUAUUGAUCGAUCGGUAGAUAAGGUAUUGAUGGUGUCAUGUUUUUAUUUCAGGAGUGGAGGCAGAGGCCGCCUCAUUGGCUGCUCAGCAAGAAGUGGACCAGCAGGAGGAAGAGGAAGCGCAGGCGGCGUUGGUCAGCGUGGUGGAGGCUGACAGUGGAGGACAGGAAGUCAUCCACGAGGUCCACUUCCACAUGGAGGUGGAGGGAGAAGGGCAGGAACAGCAGGUGUGUGGAGAUCUGGAUGCAUUUCAGUACUGUAAACUGUCUUCCUCGUCUCCUCUCUCACCUUUUAAUUUGUACUGAUCUGAAAACACAGGAUAGGUAAAGGCCAUGUUGUGAAUGCCUACAAAAUGCCUGUCCAUUUCUAUCACAUUAGUGCAGAUGAAAGGAAAUAGAGAAACACAUGCAUUUCCUUUGUAUCCCAAAUCCCUGUUGACGUUUAUUACAACCUCUUUAUCCCUGUUGACGUUUAUUACAACCUCUUUGGAUGUCACACAUUUUUCCUAGAGCCAUGUUUGACCCUCUGUUCUUGUCUGGUUGCCUGUCCCCAGCUUCUAUUGGAGCAGUCUCAGGCAGAGGCCCUGGUGGCCGAGGGGGACAACCUCAUCUGCCAGGCCAUCAUAAACUCUGGCAUCGCCCUGGAGGCGCUCACUGAGACUGAGGAGGUGGAGUCAGUUGAGGAGCAGGCACUGGACGGGAUGCCUGAAGAGGUCCUGCAGGACAGGGACGUGGAGGGCAGGGUGACGGAGAUCCAGGUGAUGGAGGAGUGUGUGGAGAUGGAGGCUGAGGAGAUGGGGGUGAGUUAGUCAAUGGGGGAAUUAAUUUAACAUUUUACCAACUGUGUAUUUUAUUAUCUAAAUGUGUUUUAUCCUUGUAUAUUUUCCAGUACCAUGCUGGAUAAAUAAGUACUAAAGAAAUGUAAAAAGCUUUUAGUUAGAAAUCCGUCACCACACAGACAAUUUUAUUUUCAAUUAUCAGAGACACAAAAAUGUCUUUCUCUGUUUGUUCCUUCUCUAAUAGUGCAUGUCUUCUAAUACUCUCACCUACAGCUUGUGGUUGAUAAACAUGAUGUAUACGCUCACCUACAGUAUGUGGUUGAUAAACAUGAUGUAUACUCUCACCUACAGCAUGUGGUUGAUAAACAUGAUGUAUACUCUCACCUACAGCAUGUGGUUGAUAAACAUGAUGUAUACUCUCACCUACAGCAUGUGGUUGAUAAACAUGAUGUAUACUCUCACCUACAGCAUGUGGUUGAUAAACAUGAUGUAUACUCUCACCUACAGCAUGUGGUUGAUAAACAUGAUGUAUACUCUCACCUACAGCAUGUGGUUGAUAAACAUGAUGUAUACUCUCACCUACAGCAUGUGGUUGAUAAACAUGAUGCAUGUCCCUUUCCCUGUCCUGUAGGACAUGUCUGACAAGCAGGAGGAUCUGCCGCCGUCUAAAAUGCACAAGUGUCCUCACUGUAGUCGCUCCUUUAAGGCGCUCAACUACCUCCGCUUCCAUGUCAAAGGUCACUUCGGUAAGACCACUGUCUCCAUGUCUUUUUAAUGAUUUCCUUUAAUGCUAGACUCAGCAUAACCCAUUAGUCAACACACACACCAUAGGUGAUCCAUUGAUAUCAAAUGAUGAAUUGUGGUGAUAAAAGGAUUCAGCCAAGGUUUCAAAAUCAGAUGCAUUUAUAUCACAUAUUCCCUGUGUCUUACAUUGUUUUCUCAAAUCUCCCCAGUGCCUCUAUACCUGGGUCGUGUUCAUUAGUCUCCAAGGAAACUGGUCUGAUGGGGAGGUACUACCUGUUGCGUUCACUAAUGAACACGACCUACAGCAGCUCAUUAUGCAUGUUCUCAUUUCUGCAGGCUACAAGCCCUUCAAGUGUGUGAUGUGUCUGAAGGAGUUCCUGACAGGCUACCUGUUGAAGAAGCACAUGGAGGUCCACCGGAGUGAGAGGAGGUACAAGUGUGGCGAGUGCGGCAAGCUCUACAAGACCAUCGGACACGUCCGUGAACACAUGAGGGCCCACUCAGAGGAACGGCCGUACAACUGCAACAGCUGUGACAAGGGAUACAAGACCAAGGUUUGUCCAUACUCAACUUUUAUUUAAUUUGAACCAAGGAAGCGACAAGCAGGCAAAAUAUUCUGUCUGAAAGUUGUUGAAUUCCUGGUUUUCGUAAGUUUUUUAUUUUGUUUCUUAAAUGGCAGGAGUCUGCUAAUGUUAAGUCAAGUUUCGGCGCUUCUUCGAUUGAGUGGUUAUUUCAGUAAUUUUUCUCGCAUGUCAGAAGUGAAUUGGUUGACUAACCGAUAGAUGAUGAAUUCAUUAACUACCAUGUAAACCUUGGUUCCUAAACUUUUCCCCUCCCCUUUUGUCCCAGAAUGCCUUGCAGGUGCACCAGCGGACGCACGCCCAGGAGAAGCCAUAUGUGUGCCAGUUCUGCUCGCGGGGCUUCAGGGAGAAGGGCUCUCUGGUGCGCCACAUCCGCCAUCACACCGGAGAGAAGCCGUUCAAGUGUCACAAGUGUGGGCGGGGCUUCGCCGAGCAUGGCACUCUCAACCGCCACUUACGUGCCAAAGGUCAGAAUGAUUAACACCUGUCUCCUGGGUCAUGUAUAGCAUUAAGAUGAUUCAUAAGAUUAAUUUCAGAUACAUCGGAUCCUAUCAGUGAUAUUACUGUUGCUAUUCUUUAUGCUUGUACUGGCCCUGAUUUUAAUUGAUGAAGUAAUAGAUUUUCCAUAUUAUCUUAUACAGGUUAUCAAUUCAACAAUGGACACAAGCAAACAGUCAAAUAGCACUACACAGGAUUACAUUGAUUUGUUCUUUAUGUGUAUCCUAGGGGGCUGUUAUGUGGGCCAGAAGGAGGGGUCUGGGGAGGAAGGCGUGGUGGUCUCAGAGGAGCAGGCGUCUGCAGACAGCCUGGCCACAGCAGCCAUCAUGUCAGACGACCCCCACGCCGUGCUGGUGGAGUUCUCCUCUGUGGUGGCUGACACCCAGGAGUACAUCAUUAGGGUGAGACCAUUAUAGAUGGGCGGGGGGGGGGGGGUUAUUCUCCUAAUGGAUGUAUUACCUAUUUCACACUGCUGAAAAUGUGAAUGUAAUAAAUCCAGACUUUUUGCUGAAUUCACUGAAUGUUUCAACUUGACCUGGCAUAGCUUUAGGCACAAACACAGACAAGGUGCUGCUGUAAACAUAAUUGUUAAUAGCAUAUUGAUCUGUGUUUUUCUCUCAGAAAUUAGAUGCAUCAUCACAUUCACAAAUGAUGCUGUCAGUAUGUAUGGAAGGUUCUGUAGUUCACGUGUCCUGUCUCUCCUCUCUUGCUCUCUUCUCCCCAGGCCCAAGGAGAGGAGGAGGAGGAGGAGGAGGAGGAGGAGGGGCAGGGCGAGGAGGUGACUCUCAUCCAAGACAACCAGAAUCAGGUCAGUGCUCUGCUCUCCUGUUUCUCCUGGAGCCAAGAAAUGGUGUUCUAGUGGUUUUAUGUCUUGAUGGCUUAGACUAGCGCUGGCCUACCUCAAAACAUACAACAGUCCCACCUUUUUAAUGUUUGCUCGUUCAUAGCCGUAUAUUUAACAUGCGACCAAAGCUAGAUUUCCAUCCAAUUAGCGACAGAUUUUCACGCAAAUAUUCUAAAAUCUGCAAUUUUUUCCACCAUUGAUGUUUCCACCAAACUGACAUCAGUGUGUGUUGACGUAGUGCACACAAAAUGUUAUUUUUCGCUUACGUUUUCAUAUACUGAAUAAAAAUUGAAAGUUCAAUGUGUUUCCAUCGCAUUUUCAACUCUACCGAAAACGGUUAAAUAGCACGUGCCUACUCUGGUCUCUAGCCAACAGCUCGCCGAUACAUUGUGGGUAGGCUAGUCUACAUGAUGAGAUUAUUAUGGAUAAUAUUUGUAAUUGUCAAUUGGCAGUCAAGCAUCGAUCAUCAUGUCUCCAGAAUAAGACCCUUGAUAUUUAUUGAAAAGGAGCAUCAAGCUCAUCACCAUGCACUUUCACCACCCUGUGAAGUUCAUCAUAACACAAAAGAUACAGCCAUGUUGAAUACAAUUGUACCAAAACUUCCUGUUUCCAUCACAGCUGUCAUGAUUAAUUUUUUUAAUAUGGUAUGACUUGCAUAAAAACAGGGAUGGAAACAUUAAUGUCCACAUAGAUAAAUCAACUAUUAGGUAGACAUUAAGAAGGCAUCUCAAUACUCAUCCCCCGCUCUCUUACCCACCUUUCAGAUGGGCAACCACAUCAUGAAGGUGGUGCAGCAGAUCGUCAACCAAUCGCGUGGCAGCGUCGGCGGCCACCAAAUCAUUGUGCGCAACGUCUCCAUGGACGAGGGCACAUCCAUCUCCGACUGCGGCGACACCAUCACCAUAGCGACGCCCGAGAACCUGACCGCGCAGGUUGCCAUGACGCUGGCCUCAGCCAUCAGCGACGGAACCCUUCUGGCGGGAGGCGGCGCCCUGGAGACGCCCGAUGGCACGGUCACCAUGGUAACGACAACGGGGGGCGAGGACAUGGUCGAGGUGAUGGAGCACCAGGAGGAAGAGUUUGUUAUUACGUCAUCGGAGGAGGUGGAGAUCCAGACAGUCAUCAUAUGA